AUGCAUUCAGAGACAAUUGAAAGGAAACAUACGGAGGGAGAAGAUCUUUUAAACGUACGGGUUCUUCAGAGAAAUUUGGUGUACGCGGUGGGAAUACCCAUUGAGUUUGCCAGAGAGGAUUUGUUGCGCUCUAAAAGUCUUUUUGGUGGGUUUGGGGAGAUAGUUAAAAUUGUGCUUAGUAGACGGAAGGAAACUAAGCCAGAAAAACAAACAGAAGGUGUAUACAGCGUAUACAUAACAUAUCUUAAAGAAGAGUAUGCCGUUGAGGCCAUUCGAGAGAUGGAUGGAUUUAUGCUGGGAGAAAAAACAGUUCGCUGCACAUUCGGGACGACGAAGUAUUGCUCGUUUUUUCUUCGAAAAAUUAAGUGCAGCAAUGAGGGGUGCCUUUAUUUGCAUGAAAAGGGCCGGGACGAAGACUCUUUUGCGCGAGACCAGAUGUUUGUACUAAAGACAAAAAUAGAGAAAAUUAUAGAAGAAAAGCGGCCUACAGAGAAGGCUACCUCCUCUGAUGGGCCCAAAAGCAGUGAUGCAGAAAAUAUAGAAGAGCUGUCUGCGCUGUUUUCAUUUAAGCCAGAGUCAGUAGCUGCGCAGAAGCACUACGACAGCUGGCAGUUCAAUCCGUUCUACAGAAGAGCCACUGAGGAUGUCCAUGAUUCUGGUUCUUCAAGUGUUCGAAGUAUAUGUGCAGAAAAGUAGAACUAAUAAAUAGA